GAGACGGCUGUUGGAGGACGAGAUUGGUUUGUGAAGACGGUACUGAUCGACGGGCUCAAGGUGGACCCAGGACAAGUCUUCUGCCUGCAGUGGAAUCCUGCCGACAACGGCUACGAUGUUACGCUUCACAGCCAGGUUAUGUACGACCGUUUGCUAAUGACUUGCAAGGCCAAGGCAGAGUCUGUGCCCUUUUCCCUUUUCAAGGUGGAGCCUUUGGGACAGAGGAAUGUGCGGGUCAUCACGGUGCACAUGUACAACCCGUAUGUGAGCGACGCAGCACUGGCUGUUUUUCUGGGAAGGUAUGGGAAGGUGGACAAGCCAGUGAAAUACCUGAGGGACAAUUAUGGUCGGCGACAGUUCCGAGUCCUCCUCGGAGAGGAUCCUGAGAGUGGGGAUGGCCUUCGACACCCUCCUGCCUAUUUUUCACUCGGAGGGGAAAGGGGUUUUUUGUUUUACUCGGGUCAGCCGAGUUUUUGUAGGCAGUGUCGCUCUUUUGGACAUUUGGCGGCUGGCUGCACGCUGAUCCGUUGCCGGAACUGUGGAGGGGAGGGACAUGGAGCAGCCUCGUGCAGUCGACCUAAAACCUGCAAUGGGUGUGGGAAAACAGGCCACCUUUUUCGGGUCUGCCCUUCUAGUGGCCGCACAUAUGCGGCUGUGGCAGGGGAGAGUCUGGGCCCAAGCCUGGGACCUUUGGUGGAGGAACCGCAGGAGGUCCAGGGGGUGGAGGGUGACCUCCCAGCAGGGAAGGCACCAACGGCUGCUGAAGCUGAUCCAGAUGCGAAGGCCAUUCCGGCUAAUGGGGCCGAGGACACGGUGGAAUAA